AAACUUUUACUAUUUACAACUUCGUCGUUUUGUAAUAUGUAGUUGUAUUCACUCAAGCAAUCGAACAGCAAUGGAUUAUUAUUUCAAUUGCUUCAUUUUAAAGUUCUUGAUAUCUUUGACGACAACCGCUCAUACAAUGAAAGUGGAUGAGGAAGGGUUUGGUUUCUGUGCAGCUGUAAAUAGCAUCUUAAGUGGCGGCAUAUUUUCAUCUCCCCUUCACAUACAAUUUAUGGAUGGAACUCUACAUAAUUGUCUGAUACCAACCCAUACGACAUAUUUUGUAACAAAUGUUUGUGCUAGUGCAACUACUGCACCGAUAGCGGAAAGCUCAUUGAUCUUAGUUAAGGCUGAACAACUGUUGCAGAUAAAUUUUGACUGCAUUGAUUCAAAUGGAUAUCUCUUAAUCGUUAUUCGAAACGAGUUGAAUCAAAGUUUCAUGAACGAAUUGGUGAGCAUCCUUUGGAAAAAGUCUUUCAUAAAUGUGACGUUUGUAACAAUGAAAAAUUCGAAAAUUUUCUUGCAAACAUUUUUACCGUUUAAUGAUCUCAAAUGCGACGACGUUGAGCCGAAAGUGAUAAAUAAGUUUGAUGAGAACAGACGGAAAUGGGAAAAUGAUCAAUUUUUCCCGGAGAAACUUCAUAACUUUCAUAGUUGUCGACUGACAGUGACAACAUACAAAAACGUUGUGCCAUACAUCGUUCGCGAGGAGUACAUCAACGGAAAGCGAAUCCUUACCGGUCGAGUGAUCGAAAUGAUUGAUGCAUUAGCAAGUACGUUAAAUUUUACAACCCAACUGGACUACCACCCUUCUAUAUCGGCUUACGAAACCUGUAUACGGAUCGUGGCGAACAGAAAAGCGGAUCUGUUUAUCGGAAAUUUGUUUCUCGAUUUGAGUAGAACUUCUUAUGUCGACUUCACAAUUCCAAUUUUCUUUGAAUUUCUGAAAUUUGCCGUGCCACCUGGACGCAGCUACACACAAUUCGAAAAUUUAUCAAGAACUUUUGACUCUCGAACCUGGGUCCUAAUUUUGUGUGUCUUACUGUCUUGUACAAUCAUCGUAUUCAGUAUUAGCAUCAGUUCAAAAGACAUAAAAAUUGACGCAUUUGGUACUGGGUACGAUAACGGAUUCAUGGAUUUCAUUGCGGAUACCUUGGGAAUGUCACGAAUAUCGAUGCCCAAUUUCACCAUUCCGAGAAUGAUCAUUGUAAAAUUUGUGAUUUUUAGUUUUGUCAUUCGAACCUUAUACCAAGCCUCACUUUUCAAAUUUCUCAAUUCCAAUGGAAAGCUUAAAUCGGCCCAAUCCAUUGAGGAAAUUAUCGAUAGAGGUUACGCUGUGUACAGCCUGACUCUUUAUGAAAAUUAUUUAAAUUUAUCACAUCACAGCUUUGCCAGUCGAAAAUUCGUCAAUUUAUCCGACUUCGACGUAUUGUUGGAGAAGAUUUCGAAUGCUAAUUUUAAAGGAGCGCUAAUGCAUACUGGUUCGUUGCUUAUGUACAACAAUGGUUUGAAGGACAGAAAAUUUACGAACGUUUUUUGCAAGGAGGAUUUCAUGACAAUUUCAAUGGUCGCAUAUUUGCCCAAAAAUUCUUAUCUCACAGAAGUGGUGAACGAGAAAAUUGGACUUUUCCACAAUGCUGGGCUAAUCGACAUAUGGGACAGACGGUCUAAAAAUACGACACAAACGAUAGUGGAAGAGGAAAACUCACUGAAAGACCUAUCUGUAAGUGAUUUAAAGGCAAUUUUCCAGUUAUAUCUGAUGGCAUUGUCACUAAGUAUAGUGAUGUUUAUUGGGGAAAUCGUCUAUGAAAAUGUGAAAAGACAAAUUAAGAUCGCUCGUUAUGGUAUAGGAGUUGAAUGCUAAAUAAAAGAGCUGAAAUU